CCGCCCGGCACCGGCACCGCCCGGCACCGGCACCGCCCGGCACCGGCACAGCCCCGGCACCGCCACCCGUGCCGGCACCGGCGCUGACACCGACCCGCUGCGCCGCGCCCGCCACCUCCACCCGCCGGCAGCAUGGCUGAGGAAGAGUCUGACAAACCAUAUCUAGAAGAAAGUGCCUUUGAAGCACUUGAAAAGGACUCCCAAGAAUUCAUCAGUAUCCUGAGUAGAGAUGAAGCUCUGGAAAAAUUCCGUGUCGAAUAUGAGAAGCUUCUUGCUAUUAUGAAGAAGUCUCGUGAAAAUGAAAAGCAUCUCAUGGAGAAAUGCAGGAAGCUGAGUGCUGAGCUUGUGGAGAAGUCAUCCAAAGUAGCUGUGCUCACCAAACUCACUCAUGAUGAUGGGGAAACUAUAUCAUCGUUGAAGUCGGAGCUUGAAAAGGCCUGGAAAAUGGUGGAUAAAGUCUAUGAAAGGGAACAGAAAACGAAGGAAACAAUUGAUUCACUGCAAAAGGAAAUUUCACGCCUAAAUAAUUUAAUGAAGGAAAGAGCUGGACAGGAUUACAAUGUUGAGGAUUUGCUAAGACUUCAAGAAGAGGUAACAGAAGAGCGAGACCAACUGUUGUCAGAAGUUGUGAAGUUACGUCAAAGUCUCACUGAGAUCACAGAGCAGCAGCAGGAAGCAGAAAAGGCAAAAAAUGAAGCAGAGCAAUCAGUUUUGCAGCUUCAGCAAGACAUCCAGCUGCGUCAAAGCGAGGAAUUACGAGAGGCACGAAAGAAGGAAAAAAUGGAGACUGAGCUGAAAAAUCUUCUAGCUGAAAUGAAUAAGAAGCAAGCUGAGGUCCAGAAGUUACAGCAACAAAUAGAGAAUGGCAAAGAGGAACAACUGAAAAUAGAAAAUAAUCUUAAAGAGCAGAAGACCUUGAAUGAAAAAGCUGGUAAGGAACUUGAGCAAUUGAAGAUGAAAUAUCAAAAGCUCACACAAGAGAGUGAGCAGCAGAGUGCAAUGCUUGAUGAUGUGAUGAAGGACAUUGGUCAGAAGACGGCACAACUGAAAGAGACAGAGGAUGAAGCAGCUCAUAUGAGCCUUGAAAUAUCAAAGCUGAGCAAAAUGAGAGAUGUUCUCCAGAAUAAGCUGCGCACUGCGGAGGAACAAAAAGUUGAUGCAGAACAUGAAAAAAGCAUGCUAAAAAAUCAAAUAAUCAGACUGGAGAAAGAGUUGGAGACAGGCAAAAAACAGGCAGAGACUGACAAGAGAGCCAUAGAUGGGCUUGUGAGGGAGAGGGAUAUGCUAAACCAGAACUUGAUCAAGGCCACAAAUGCUACUCAGAAGCAGAUAGAUUUGGUGAAGCUCCAUGAACAGUCAAAACAGAACUUGGAGACAGAAAUCCAAAAUUAUAAGACAGAAGCUCAGAAACAAAGGAAAAUUAUUUACCAAUUGGAGAAGGAGAGAGAUAGUUUCAUCAAGGAACUGAGUGAGCUUAAAGAGAAGGUUCUCAGUCACAUGAAAGAUCUUGAAAUGCAUCAGAUUCAGAUCUGCAAUUAUGAGAAGGAAAUAGAAGUACAAGGGGUUAAAUUAAAACAGCAAAAGAAUCUUUGUGAAACUCUGAGAACAGAGAGGACCCUGUACAGUAAAAAUCUGAUUGAAGCUAAGGAUGAGAUAGCAGAAAUGAUGAUGAAACUGAGAAAUUCCACACGUCAGGUGGAUCAGCUGAAAGAGGAGAUCAAAGAAAAGGAUAUAGCCCUUGAGAAAGUACAAGUGGAAUUCCAGCAGUCAGAGGCUGAGAAAGAGUCGAUGAAAGCUGAGCUGCUUAAGAUGACAAAACAGGCUCACGAAGCCAAAGCCUAUAUUGACAAUCAGGAGGCAGAAGAGAAGAGACUCCUAAAAAUCAUUUCUGAAGCUGAUGCAGAGAGACUGAAGCAGAAGAAGGAAUUUGACAAGGUGCUCUGUGAGAGACGUGCCCUGGGGACGCAGCUCAUUCACCGCAACGAUGAGGUGGCGCUGCUCUACGAGAAGAUCAAAAUCCAGCAGGCCAUCUUGAACCGGGGCGAGAGCGAGUACCGGCAGAGGGUGGAGGACAUGAGGAUUCUCAAGCUGGAGAUCAAAAAACUCCGGCGUGAGAAGGGAAUACUUGGCAAGAGCGUGGCUAAUGUGCAGGAGCUCAGAUGGGAGUUUAAUCACAUGCAGAAGGAACUGUUAAAGGAACAGACUCGGUGCAAAAUUUUGGAAGAAGAACUGCAGAAGCCCUUGCAAGUUCACAGAUGGAGAAAAUUAGAGGCCAGUGACCCCACUACCUAUGAACUGAUUCUGAAAGUUCAGAGACUACAGAAGCGACUUAUCAGCAAGACAGGUGAAGUGAUAGAGAAAGAAUUUCUCCUUCAGGAAAAGGAGAAGCUGUACAUGGAGCUGAGGCACGUGCUGGCCCGGCAGCCUGGGCCCGAGGCCACGGAGCAGCUGCAGCAGUACCGGAACAUCCUCCGGGAGAAGGUGAAGCAGAUCAAAGUUUUGUCCUCAGAACUGAGUAUGUGUGAAACACAGAGCAAAGAAUACAAACAUGAAAUUGAAAGACUUAACAAUGAGCUUCUGGAAGUGAAAAAGAAAUAUCUGUCUCAGAAACGCAAGGAGCAACAGAAGAAAACCUCAAGAGAUUCCCAUGGGCCCAUUCUUGAGCUUAUCCAGGUCCCUCUGGAUGGCAUCCCAUCCCUCAGGGAGAAGGAGCGAUCCAGCAUUGAUAUGAGGACAAAAUUACCACCCCUCAAGACUGAUGUACCUCACUUCAACAUAGGGGGCUUUCCUUCAAGCAAACCCAUUCCCAAAAUUGCAGUCUAGGAAUGCACUCAUCUAGUUGCACUCCUGUUCCCAGUUUCUUAUUUGAGAAACUGUAAUUUUAAAAGACAUUCAGAAUCUACUGAAAUCACUGUAUCACCUUCAGGAAAAAAUGGUAUACUGCACGUAAUAAAACACAUUUUUACACUGGAAUUACAUUUUAUAUUGCAUUUAUAUAUUUUACAUUUUAUAUUGGAAUUAACAUAGUUCUUUUUACACUCUGUGCACCAAAUCUGCCCAUUUGAUGCCAGCAGAUGCCUGUAUGGAUGUAAAUGGAUAGUGGAGAUAUUUCUUCUUCAAUAUUGUGUCUCUAUUUAGCACUGUAAUGCCACAAAAUGCCUUAAUAUGUAGUUAUUUCUCUUUUAUCUACCUCAGUUGUAAGCACUCAUUCCAUUUAUCUUCUGACUCAAAGCACCUGAAAGAAAUGAGAAUACAGAAAAGAAGAAAAAUUAAUAGGCUGAUGUUUCAAGCCCUGCUGAGCAAAUGCAAAAUUAACAAGUCUUUACUUAGAUGUACAUAUGUAGCAGUUCUCUGUGUAGGUAGUGUAUAAUAGGGUUUAUGCAGUGUUUGCUACAGUUGUUAGGAAGAUCAAGGAAGUUUGCGGCCACAAUGUACAUUAUUAAGAGCACGAUUUUGUUUACUCUGGUAGAUACAAAGUGACAUAAUUAUGUCUGUUCAAUCUGGGGGGACUGUGCACACUCACUGGGACGUGCUGUUCUCCCACACAAAUCCUUCCGAGCGAUUAAAACUUGGACUCGAAACAUGGCAAACUUUAUGCUUUAAUUUCUAGACACUUGGGCAUUUUUGUAACUUUCAGAAAUUGUUUUUGUAAUACAGCAGGAGCCCUCCAACCUUUUCAGCCAAAAGAGAUUUAAUUACCAUUCAUUAACAAGUGAAAUAACAAAGUCACGGCAUGAGGUGCUGAAGUAUAGAAAACUUUCAAGCUGUAAAAUAAAAUGUUUUGAAACCGA